GCCCUGAAGAAUGGCUAUCAAAUUCCCUCUUUUUGACUCGAUGUUUGUCUUUCUCUAACCCUUUUUUCCACCGAAAAUUUCCCUCUUUUUAUUUAUUCCUUUUUAUUAAAAUUAAACACUUCAAAACCAAUAGUGGGAUUUCGUUAACAAAAACCCUUUGCUUUACCCUUCUCAUCGCUUCACUACCCUCUUCAUCGCCGUUUUCAUCAAGUGAUACAUAAAAGGCAAGGACUUUUGUUAGGUUUGGAAAAUAGCAGGAAAGAUUAUAUUAAUUUAUAAAAGAAAACCAAAAAUGGGAGGUUGCUGUUCUUCAUCUCGGAAAUUCCAAUUCCAAGGAACCCCUGUCUAUUACUACUGUCCACCACCUUUAGAGCAAAGUGAAACGUCAUCACCCCACAAUGGUCCAUUUCCUGGGAGACUACAUAUCGAUGUAAAUCUUGACAUGUCAAUUCCGGACACUUAUCGAUCUCCGCCAACACCGAUUCCAUUCGAUGUGGUCUUAGGAAUUCCACAAUCAACAAACACCGGCCUUGACGACCAAGCCUUUUGUGAUCUUGCUUAUCAGAAACCGAUUCCGAUUCCGAUUCCGGUGAAUGUUAAGGAAUUAGACCGUGAAGCCGAGGGUGACACCCCUUUUGUCGGGUCCACAAAGAAUAUUGAUGUUGGAUUUCAAAUAUCGAAAGGUCUUGAUGGUUCGAAAGUAGAAGAGGAGGAUGUUUGUCCCACUUGUUUUGAAGAGUAUGAUGAAGAGAAUCCAAGAAUUAUAACGAAAUGUAACCAUCAAUUUCACCUUUCGUGCAUUCUCGAGUGGAUGGAAAGAAAUCAUACUUGCCCAUUUUGCAGUCAGGAAAUGGACUUUGAAGUUCUAUAGAAGCACUCGUUAAAAAAGAAAUGUUCAAAGCAAUUCUCCUUCACCAUUGAAGGUUGCUAGAUUGGUCAUGAAGAUUUGUGUACUUAGGUUAUCAUAGUUGUUUCUACCAUUUGGUAGAGAUUAAAUAAGCGUUUAGUUUUAUCCUCAUACAACUGAAGAGGCUAAAACUGAACGCUUACUUAAUCUGUAUCAAUAUUUAUGGAUUGGCUAUGUAAAUUAGUCGCUGCGUGUUAUUGGCUUAUGUAUGUAAAUGAUGUGCA